AUGGAGGGCAGCGAUUGGUUUGGCUGCGUGUCAAUCAUUGUGCGGGCAGAAGAGACCAUAACAUCUGUCAAAGAGCAAGAAGCCAUAGCCAUCAUGGUUUUCUUGCAGGAAUGAGAUAGUGCAUACAAAGUUGCUCAAAGUUGCAUCCUAGACAGCUUCAUUAAAARGAAGGAACCAGAGCUGGAGCUGGAGUUCAGGGGGAACCAGCUUGUUUGGCUCCCCGGGACAUCCAUGCUCUUCUGCAGAGACAGUGCCUGGUUGUUCAGACCUCUACCCACUGCACUGAGAUGGGAAGUGAUGGCUCCCAGGACAUUGCAUGCUGGCAGAGGAAAAUGGGCUCCAAGGCAAGUGACACUUCUGGCCUUGUUCCCCCUGUUCUUGCAGCCUUGCAGCCACAGAUACCUUACUGAAUUUCUGGACAUUGCAGGUGUCUUGAUUCUUCUGGAAACACUGAGUCUGAACCACCUGAAAGAGGAGUGCAAAAGAGAGUCUGUAAAGCUGUUGUCUCUCACUGGAGACAGACUGAAGGAGCUGAUUUGUGAAAGCUAUGGGGUGCAAGCCCUCACCAAGUUCUUGAAUGCCUCCAACUCAGCAGAAGGUCAAAGAGAUGCAUAAGUUCUGCUCAAUUGUUCGGGCUGAAGCAAUCCCAAGUACCAGAGCCAAGAUUCCCGAGGCCUUGUAGCYGUGCUGCUGUGUCCCUCCCCSCAGGCCCAGCCCKGGCUCUGUAGAUGCUCGGGGUCAUGCAGCAGCCMCACUCCGCUCCGCCCGCCCUGGCAGGAGGGCAGGAAGCACCGGGCUCCGUCGGGCGGGCAGCAUCCUCCGCUUGGUGUGAUCGGCAUAUUUCGGCAUGCAAUGUGGACAGCGCAGGGCCGGCUCCGCAGAGCGCGGCCGCUCCGAGCUGCGGGCCCGCCGGGCGGUGGUACCGGCCGGGGGCUGAUGACGAGCCGGGUCAGGCUCCGGGAGGAGUGGGAGGCCAGACCUGAAACAUGGCACACAAAAAAUGAUCCAGUCCGGGCUGAAUAACUGGCCUCCAAUAUAGUUGACAUCCCCAGACACACAGCAAGGAUGCAGUCCACAGAAGGCAGGUGCAGAGCUGGAGGACACUGUCACUUAAACUACACCCUUGACYUUCAGAGGGCGAAGGUAGCUCUAAGAAAAGAAGGAAUAGUGGUWGAAGGAUCCCUUUGUGAUCUGAUCUUUGCAUAG